AUGUUCAAGAACGGCCCCGAGUACGAAGAGAGGCUCGCGCGGCCAUACGCGCCCCCGACAAUCACGCUCAAGGAGCUGCACGCGGCGGUGCCGAAGCACCUGCUGCAGAAGUCCGCGCUGAGGAGCGCGGGGUACAUCGCGCGUGACGUUGCCUUUGUCGCCGCAUUCUUCUGCUGCGCCGCGUACAUCGAGCCCCUCGUCGCCAGCCGCGCAUGGGGGCUCGUGCCCGCGGGCGCGGGGUGGUGGCGGCCUGCCGUUGUCCGUGCCUUGCUCUGGACGGCGUACUGGUGGUGGCAAGGGAUCGCGUUCACCUCUUUCUUCUGCAUCGUUUGCGUUGAUUCAAUGGGGGUCGCACGCGUGCGGGCGCUGACGGUGUCGGUUCCCCAGCUCGGCCACGGCACGCUCUUCAAGUCCUGGUGGGCGAACAACGUGCCCGGCUUCCUGCUCGACACGUUCGUCCUCGCCCCCUUCUUCGCGUGGAAGGCGAGCCACAACGCCCAUCACAAGGCAGUCAACUCCGUCGAGCGCGACGAGAACUACGUGCCUGCGCUCCGAAGCGAGUUCAGCCUCCCGCCCCCGAAGCGCGCGACGACCGCGGACUACGCCGAGGUGUUCGAGGAGACCCCGCUGUUCACCAUGGUCCGCAUGUUCGUCAUGCAGGCGAUGGGCUGGUGGUUGUAUCUCAGCGUGAACAAGCUCGGAUCGAAGAUGUACCCCAAGGGCACGAAUCACUUCUCACCCUACUCCGCCCUCUGGAAGAAGGAGCAGCGCUUCGGUAUCGUCAUAUCCGACAUCGGCCUCAUUGCGAUGAUGAGCCUCCUUUACCUGUUCGCACGGACGUACGGCUGGAAGGCAUUUGUCGCCUAUUACUUCAUCCCGUACAUGCUUUGCAACCAUUGGAUCGUGAUGGUCACCUUCCUCCACCACUCCGACCCCACGAUCCCGCAUUUCCGCAAAGAGGAAUGGUCCUUCCUCCGCGGCGCGUCCUCCACCGUCGACCGGCCAACGCUUGGCUGGAUCGGCCGCUUCUUCUUCCACAACGUCUCGCACGACCACGUCGCGCACCACUUCUUCUCCCACAUCCCGUUCUACAACCAACCUGCGGUGACGGAAGCGAUCAAGGGCGUCCUCCGCGAACACUACAACUAUGACUCAACAAACACGUUCUACGCGCUCUACCGCUCGUUUACCGAGUGCUGCUUCAUCGAGGACGACGGCUCGAUCGUGUUCUACUGCGGCCGGGAAGGACAGACCCAGCGCGCACUCGCGGAAGGGGUCGUCGAAGAGAUCAAGGAGAAGGGUUGGUCCCAAGAACACCAGGACCAGCUUGCGGAGGGCAUGCUCUCCGACUCGACCGCUCUCUGA